AUGAAAAAGUGCAAAGAAGUGCGCAAUGCGGGUUUCAUGACAAAGAGAAACCUUAGAGACGCUCAAACAGAAGUUUCUCAGUUAGAAAUGGAGCUACAGAGGAAAGAUAAACUAUUACGAGGUUUACAAGAACGAAAGAGACGCAUGGAUGCCAAGGUAUGGACUUCAUUAGUAUAUUCUUGUUUACUUAUUGUAUAGUUUUAAAGUUUUAUAAUAUGCAACAUGAGCAGUCGUAAUAUAUAAUUUUAUAGCUAUAAUCACAGAGCAUUUACAUUUACAGGUUUUCUGCAGAUGAUAAGCUGUGUAUUGAAUAUACAGCUUAUUUUUAUUACUUAUAUAGACAGAGCAGUGGAGAGUAGAAAGAAACAUCCUACAAGGUUUCAAAAUAAGAAAUUCUCAUCUAGUUCAUCUGUACUGAGACAGAGAAGAAAGGAAACAUUUGCUGCAGCUCAAAAAAUUCUUGGUGGAAGUGAAGAAACAGAAGUACCAGGAGCAAUAGGGAUUGUGGACACAGCAUUGGUUAAGUGUAGUCAUAGUAUUUUAGUAGAUGAAAUGUCGGUUAAUCAAAAGUUUAAUCAAUCAGUUAUGCCUAGUAUUUACAAGCCUAAGUUAGCAGAAUUUGAGUCUUCCACUGAAAACAUGAUUCGCAGCGUUUCAGUAUAUUAUAGCAGUGGUGUAGCUGGAAAAAAAAAGUAUAGAAAAAUAUACAAAGAUUCCAGCUACAAGAUUGCUAUGCAAAGUAAGGGUAAAAAACAUGUUCGGCUAUCCAUCAAUAAUUGUCCCAUCCCUAGGCUUGUGCCAUAUAACAAAUUAAUGCCUUUUAUCAAGUCUAUACCAGUAGGAUCUAUGUAUAGUGUAUAUGAAACACUUUGUGAAGGUCUUGAUGAGGAAUACAAGGUACAUGGUUGUUAUAGGAAUUUGGCAGAAUUGUUGAUAAAGUUGGCAGAAUUUUAUUUAAGCAGUUGUAGUGGUCACACACUUGUGUGGUUCGAGGAAGAACAUAGGCCGUUGCGGUACAUCGAUAUACUGAUAAUUAUGGGUUUUUUAUAA